GCCACUUGGACUAGGGCGGCGCUCGGAGUGGCCAAGCAGCGGGGCCUUGCCUGCCUUUGUGCUCGUACACAGAGAAGAUGGCUCCCGUUUUGGAGAAGCAGCUCUCGGGCGUAGCCGGGGCAGGCGACAACAACAACGAGGAGGACGAAGGACUUGACCUCUGGACCUCCAUAUUGAGUGACGUUUCGACCCGCUCAAGUUCAAAAUUACCAUCAGGAAAAAACAUUCUGGUAUUUGGGGAGGAUGGAUCAGGAAAAACUACACUCAUGUCCAAGCUCCAAGGAGCUGAACACAACAAGAGAGGCAGAGGACUGGAAUAUCAAUACUUAAAUGUCCACGAUGAAGACCGAGAUGACCUUACACGAUGUAACGUGUGGAUCCUGGACGGAGACCUGUACCACAAAGGCUUGCUCAAGUUUGCUGUUUCCGCCCAGUCGCUAUGUAAUUGCCUAGCCGUGUUUGUGGCGGACAUGUCGCGGCCUUGGACCAUUAUGGAGUCGCUGCAGAAGUGGGCCAGCGUGCUACGUGACCAUGUGGAUAAACUGAAGAUCCCUCCAGAGGACCUAAGAGAAAUGGAGCUCAAGAUGGUCAAAGCGUUCCAGGAGUACGCGGAACCGGAGGAAGCCGCCCCCGCCUCCCCGCAGAGACGGGCCCUGGCAGCGGGCGAAGACGAAGAUGUCGUGUUGCCGCUCGGGGACAACACACUCACGCACAACCUCGGCAUUCCAGUGCUAAUAGUUUGCACAAAGUGCGACUCAAUCGGCGUAUUGGAGAAGGAGCACGACUACAGAGAAGAGCACUUUGAUUUCAUCCAGUCCCACAUUAGGCGAUUUUGCUUACAAUAUGGAGCUGGUCUCAUCUACACCUCGGCCAAAGAGGAAAAGAACCUAGAUUUGCUUUACAAGUAUCUUGUACAUAAAGUGUAUGACUUCCAAUUUAGCAAUCCCGCCCUCGUGGUGGAGAAGGACGCGGUGUUCAUUCCGUCGGGUUGGGAUAACGACAAGAAGAUCUGCAUCUUGCACGAAAACCUCACUACAGUCAGACCCGAAGACCCAUUUGAAGAUUUCAUCACUAAACCUCCCGUUCGAAAGCUGGUGCAUGACAAAGAGAUCAACGCGGAGGACGAGCAGGUGUUCCUGAUGAAACAACAGUCUCUGUUAGCAAAGCAGCCAGCCACGCCAACAAGAGGAGCUACCGAAUCGCCGGGACGGACCGCGUCGGGUUCCCCGAGACCCGCGGGACGUGCUGGUCAGCCCACUUUAAGCAGCGGUUCCCCGAUGGCUGCUGUCAAAAAGCCUGACGCCAACAUGAAAGCGGGAGCCGCCACGGAGGGCGUGUUGGCCAACUUCUUCAACAGCCUGUUGAGUAAAAAGACGGGAUCACCGGGCAGCCCCGGAAGUGGCGCUGUUGGCGCUGGGGUGCAAGGCUCCGCCAAAAAAACAGGGCAGAAGCCGGGUUUGACUGACGUCCAGGCCGAGUUGGACCGAAUGACACGCAAACAGGACUCCCUGGUUUCCGCCAACAACAUCCCGCCGCAGACUGAGAACGAAGUGUGAAGUCCACCACCACAAAAAAAGGAAAAAAACGCGCCAAUAAUGGAAAUUCAAGUAUACAUGUGAGCAUAAACGGUUGACCAAAUUCCCAAUGUCUUUGUCAGAACGCAGAGCAGGUUUCAGCAAAAAAAAAAAAAAAAAAAUGUUUUGGUGGGAAAGAGAGAGAGAGAGAAAUAUUUUACAAGUUGCCAACAAGACGAUAGCGCUGCCCGCAGAUUGGCUCAUCUCCAUUUUGAGUGUUUCCCACUAAGGUUGUCUGUGGAGACGUACGCCCCCCCCAUAGACCGACUGACUGGGUUGCAGGCCUCCCAGUCUCUGAGCUAUAUUAUAAAAACAAAAUAAAAAACACUCCUGACUGGCCUACGGUUAAAUUUUUCUCACAGAAGGAAUUGGCUUGAAAUUGAAACUCCUAAUUGCGUUCGUCAUGAAACUUCAAGUCCCAUGUUUGCCGACAAAACGUCGGGCUGAUGCGAAGGUAUUUAUACAAAGUUUCCCCCUUUUUUUUUUUUUUUCUCCUCCUCCGCGAGCACCGUUUUGGGAAAUAUUCUCGACAUCAAUGUGCUCAAAUGUCUCCGGUAGCGUGAAAUCAACAUGCCCUCGUCCUCUCGAAGGAUUCUGUAAAUAAGAAAAAGAAAAGUGCUUCAGGUUUGCUUUUGUGUACAUACUAUUCUGCUCCAUUGCCUCUGACCAGCUAAGUUGGCGUUUGAGAAGGUUUUGAGGCUCCACCAGAAUCUUCUCUUUGGUUUGGGCAGCGUCUUUGCGACUUUUACUCCCCAAAGUGCCUGGCUUUUCCAUAGGAGAGCAAAAUGCACUGUAGCGCCAUCGCCGUCAGACAAGUUAAUUUAUUUCUAUUUACCUUAUUUCAUCAUGUACAUCAAGCCUGCGCUUGUUCUUAUUUUCUUUGGGUUUUUUUAUUUUAGAAAAAUAAUUUUGUGGCCUCGUUGAUGUUUCGUGUAGAAAAAAAAAGAUUUUAACAGCUUUAUUUCUUUCAAGAGCCACACCACAAGUUUCCCCUUUCAGUGCCCUAGAAUGAGCUUUGCCUUUAAGCGACACCCUGCCUUCACACACCGUGCAAAUCAACGAUGUCUUUUUUUUUUUUUUCUUCUCUCUCUCCUUCAGUCGUGAAGAAAGCGACUGUUUAGAAAAUUCGAGUUAGAACAAGGACAAAAAUUGAACAGCAGCAAAUCAACUCUCCCCAUUUCUCACUUCCACCUUGUGUUUGUCAUCAGCCAAACCUCUUUUGCUCCCUUUCCACAAACUAUUUUCGAUACAAAUGUGAUGGGAAGACCACGGUGGUGUUCAGGUGACUUCAUUGGUCAUCUGACAUGAUGCAAAGGAGGCCACUUUGACUGCUUUGUGAGCGGGGGGCGUAUGCAGUCAAUAAGCACACCAAUCCAAACAUGUCGAACAAAGCACUUUUCCUCCGACUCCUGAAUCGCUUUCUUUUUGUAACAGUUAGACACAGAAUGCACACUUGCCUUUUUGCGCUCUCGGUUUGAACGGACACCGUCGAAUAGCGUUUGCUGCUUACGUAUUGGAAGCUUCGCUUUACGCUUCACUUUGGAAUCCCAAGUUUAGAUUUUUAUUUUGCAAUUAUUCUUUCUUGUAGGUCUUGAAGAUUGACAAAAUGUUCAGGGACUUUUCUUUUCCCCUUCUGAUUUCAAACUUUGAAAUGUCACACCAAGCUGACUUUCUAUCCAAAACUGUAAGUUAGCUAAAAGGAAUGAAGUGCUCCCGCUGCUUGGUUACAUAAUUUCCUUUUUUUUUUUUUUAUGAUGAUGACUAGAUGUCCUUCCCAACAUUGAAUAUUAUCCAGCUGAUGUAACUUUUGUACUCUGGCCUCAGUUGAAGUCAACUGUGGCUUGACAACUUUAAUGAAUUGCCUUUGACCACUAAUGGCGGUGAGAUGACAAGCUUCUGCUAUCUGUCCUUUUGUAUGGAGGAUAUCAAGACAAUAUAAGCAUUCAAAUGGCUGCUUUUGUGUACUGAAUUAAUUCAGAAUUUGAUUGUAUGACUUUAACACAACUCUGUAGCCUCCAAGCUGCCAUGUGGAUUCUGCGCUUCUUCUGCCGACAAAGUUGAGGAAAAGGCUUAUCAUAUCCCCGGCUUCAAUAAAUACAAUGAAUCCAA